CGGUCUAUAAAAUGGUGAGAUUUUUUGGUCCAAAUGUAUUUGUUUGUGAAACUUUGAAGACAGACUAAGAAGAAACAAUGUUUGUUAUCGUACUUUGUGCUCUAGUGGCCUAUGCCAAUGCAGCCAACAGACUUUGUUAUGGUGACAUUAUGAAACUGACACCACACGGCAAGGCUAGCGGAGGUGUGACUGCAUCCAACUCCAUAGUCUCAUCAGAUCUGGCUGCACUGACCGCACACAAGAACUGUUACGAUGCCUCUGCUGAUAGAAAUUGUAUUCAAGCUUCCGUGAUCGCCGCUCUGGCCAGCAGAGAGUCCAACGGUGGAUCUGCCCUUCGCAACGGUUAUGGAGAUGGUGGCAAAGCAUGGGGAAUCCUCCAGUGCGAUAUUGUGCACUCUGGCCAGCCUUGCACUUCAGUUCCAUGGAACAGCUGCGAGCACAUUGAGAUGAUGGUCCACAACAUCCUUCUUGCCAACAUCCACACAAUUCAAAGAAUGCACCCAACAUGGCCACCAGAGCAUCAACUCCAAGGUGCCGUCGCCGCCUACAACUUCGGUACCAGAAACGUCCAGACCUGGGCUGGUGUUGACGUUGGUACCACUGGUGGAGACUACAGCAAUGACGUCAUGGCUCGUGCCCAAUGGCUACACAACCACGGCUGGAACUAGACGAAAUCAGACGAUACAGUUUCCAACGAUUGCUGUUCAAAUUCAUCUCAGCGCCAAACAUUAGGGACAUGGUUAUGUCGUUCAAGUUCUAUAAAUAUGUAAAUUUUGCUCUCAUGGUUUGAUUUUGGAAUACUUUCUUAGAUCGUUUCUGCUUAUAUAAAAUAUGAAAUAAAAUAAUAAUCUUGUUUUAA